AUGGCUGCCUCCAGGUGUCUGUACACCCCAGCGCCUUCUCUCGAAACUUCUUUUGCUGCUUCCGAAGCAGCAGCGCGCGGGCCCAGAGGCAUCGCAGCAACAGUCUUUUGCGCCUUCGUCGACUCCCGCUUCGGCUGGCGCGCCGUCUUCGUUUUUGCUGCUGCUGUUUGCUGCCUCGUCGGUUUGCUGCAGCAGCAGCUGCUGCAGCGCCUGCUGGCCUCUGCCAGCGAGGGCCACCCGGAGAUCCAGCUGGCGCUGCAGCAGAAACCAGCAGCAGCAGCAGCAGCAGCAGCAGCAGGGAAGCCGCCUGCGCUCCCCGCCGGAGCUGCUGCUGACGGCGAGCAUUCACCCGCAGCAGCAGCAGCAGAAGCAGCAGCAGCAGCAGCAGCAGCAGCAGCAGGCGGCGGUGCGGACGCUGCUGGGCGUGGCGAGUCGGAGCGUCUGUGUGGCUCUGGAGACAGCAGCGCGGCAGCGGUGCCGCUGUCUCCCGCAGCAGCUGCUGCUGCUGCUGCUGCUGCUGCUGCUGCUGCUGGGGGGCGGAGCUCGUGCUGCGGGGGCCAGCAGCAGCGGCUGCUGGUGCUGCUGUGUUCUUUGUGUUACUUUUUGGUGAAGUUCGUGCGCUAUGCCCUUGUCUUUUGGCUGCCUUUCUUCCUCAGCCAACAAGCAGCACUUUCUGCUGCUGCUGCUGCUGUUGCUGCUCUCGCCUUCGACCUCGGGGGAGCAGCAGGAGCUGUUGCCAGCGGCCUCCUCGCCGACCGCUGCCUCAAGGGCCGGCGGCUGACUCUUUCUGCCAUUCUUUGUCUUUCAACUUCCGUUUUUCUUUUUUUUGUUUUUUAUUCUUCGAAAGAAAUGGCGGAAGUCCGCAGCAGCAGAGAGGGCCUUCAGCUGUACAGACAGCUCCAGCUGCAGCAGCUGCAGCGCCAGCUGCAGCACGACUGGACGCAGCUGCAGCAGCGCGACAGCUACCGAGACUUCAAAGCUGCUGCUGCUCGUCCUGUUGCUGCUGCUGCUGCUGCUGCUGCUGCUGAGGACCGAGCCGACACGGCUGCUGCUGCUGCUGCUCCUGCUGCUGCUGCUGCUCCUGCUGCUGCUGCUGCCGGGGCAGCAGAAACCCGCAGCAGCGACUCCCUCCGCACUGGCGCAGCAGCAACUGCUGCGGCCAGGGGAGGCCCUGCCAGGAUAUCAGGGGCAGCAAGAGCAGCAGCAGCAAAUGAGAUUUUCGCAAACGGGCAGCAGCAGCAACAACAACGACAGCAGCAGCAGCAGCAGCAACAUCAGCAGCAGCAGCAGCAGCAGCAGCAGCGCCAGUUAGCAGCAGCAGCAGUUCAAAGCGCCCCCGUCUCAUUCUCGUUUAAACGCAAAGACCACAACAAAGUGAAAGAAGAAAUGCAGAGGAAUCUGCAGGUGGCAGCAGCAGACACAGAUGCAGCAGCAACAGCAGCAGCAGCAGCAGCAGCAGCAAAAGCAGCAGCAGCGACAGAAGCAGCUGCAGAUGCUGCAGCAAAUUCAGCAGCAGCAGCAGCGCCAGUGGCAGCAAUUCCCAGCAUUGUGCGCUUUAGCGAGGAAGAGGAGCAGCAAAUAGCAGCUUUGCUGCUGCGGCACUCGAACUCGCAGCUGCUGCUGCUGCAGCAAAUAGAAGACAAGCAGCAGCAGCUGCAGCAGCAGCAGCUGCAGCAGCUGCUGCUGCUGCUGUUCUGCGUGCUGCUCGUGGGCUUCCUGAACGCAGGGCCAGACGCAGUGCUGGGAGCAGCAGCAGCAGCAGACAUCCAAGAACUGGAAAUGGCAGCAAAUAAUAAUAAUAAUAAUAAUAAUAAUAAUAAUAAUAAUAAUAAUAAUAAUAAUAAUAAUAAUAAUAAUAAAAGUGAUAAUAAUAAAACUGCUGCUGUUGCUGCUUUCAUCAACGGCGUGGGAGCGCUGGGGGCUCUUUGCCAGGUGGGCGGGCAGCAGCAAAUUGCUGCUGCUGCUGCUGCUGCUGCUGCUGCUGCUGCUGCCGGAAUUUAA